AUGUCGGAGCCAAAAUUUGUUGUCGAGUACCGGCCGUCAAAAUUCUCCGAAUCGCUGGGAACUGAUCUAGUUCCGCAUAAAGUUACGAAGAACGAUACCGAUCGGUUCGAUUGGCAUUGGGUUAAAUUGAGAUAUGUUGAAUGCUCAAUCUCGUCGAUGGACGAGUUUGAAAAAGCGUUUCGCGAUAUGCUGAAACGUAGCGGUUACCCGAAGGCGUUAUAUCUUGGUCGCCGUGAGCAGGAUGAGAAGAAGCUCAUUCAUUACCAUGUUAUGGUUAAUAUUCUCACGUUUAUUGACUUGAGUGUUGAACAGGCGGGUAACGUCUUUAAUGCUUUGCCCAACGAGUGUCGUUCGUUGCAUGUGUCUUCAAUUGACGAUCCGGAACAAUUUUGGGAUCAUCUUAUGGAUGAGCGGGCUGUACCCCGCCAUCGUGACUGGUUUGGAAUGGAGUCAUGGCUUGACUGUGACCCAGGUAAUGUGGACUAUUGUUUUGAUAAAUGUCCUGGUGAAUACUCGUACUGGUGA